AUGGCCCGUCUGUCCGUCCCCACGACGGGCCCUCUGUCAUCCACUGUGCGUAUCCACAAGUCGAACGCCAUUGUUCAAAAGAUCGUUGGCCGUCUCUCCCGUCCUGCGCUUCUCUCUCUCGCUCUCGACUGGCUCGACGAAAACAACCAGUCGUUAUGCGCGCCUCAGCUCGGCGGCAGUCAUGAUCCGAACGAUUUUUACCCACCGGCCGAGUCGCUGCAGCAGUUACGCCGCUUGUACCGAGAGCUGCAGGCGAGGAAGGGCUCCAAAAAGGAUGUUGUCGAUCGUGUGCUCGAAGGGGAUUGGAGACAUGGGCUGAGCCUGUACCAGCUAGCCAUGGCAGAUGUUCGAUACCUCCACGAGCACCAGUCUUCUCUGAAUUGGAUGGCCUACCGAUUGGCCCUUGUCACUCCUCGCCGUGACGGUGACGAGGACAACGACGACAGCGCCAUCACGUUGGACCGGCAGUCUCUGGAUGUGCCACGCUUCCAUCCGUCCACCUUCCUUCAGACUUUACAGAGUCAGAUCCUUCCGGAUGUCAAGGUCCACUACCAUCUGGAUCGCCCACCGGGCCUAGCUCUGCUUCUCGUUCGCCUGUUCAUCGUUGAUUCUCCUUACACAUCGGCCAUGGCUCUCGACGAUGGCACUUCGGCCAAAACGCCUCAGAUCGAAUCCUCCAGGACGCUCUAUAUUGCAUUCCCUGACGCUGCUCCGUUUGUAUAUCUGUCAAAACCACAGUCCACAGGCAUUGCAACGGGUGCGGACUCGAAAGUAUUUCGCAACCUGGUGGAGGAGGGCAUUCCGAAAGCCCUGUCCCAACCACGCAAAAGAUAUACCCUCCAAGCCACAGACCUCCGCAGCAAAAACCUGUCCCUUCUUCUGUCAUCAAAGGGCGCAGGUCGGACGAACGCCGCUGCUGGCGGAUGGAGCUUCUACGCGGACAGGAAGAAGAACGAGUCACCUCUCGACCCCACAUUGCCCACCCCGCCGCUCUCGGAGGACUCUGAGAGCGUCUCUUCUGCUGCAGGGGAGCAGGUCACGGCAGCCAAACGGAAGGUCACAUACGACCCAGCAGAAGCGGACCGAAUUGACAAGAAGGCGAGACUUUUGGCGGCUCGCGCCCGAUUCGGGGGUUCAGCAAAGCUCGACGAUGGCAGGGGCAUCGAGCGAGUAGACAUUACGAUGGAGGACUCAUUCUUAGGUCCGGAGAACAACGUCCCAGGAACAGGCGAGGACGAGACCUCUUGGGCUCCGAGCGUCAAGCUGACAUUUCGAGGCUCACACGUCUUUGCUGGCAUGCGCCAGCUCGUGGAGGCUGGUGUCGUUGAUGGCAGCAGAAUGCCUGGCUGGCUGACUGGUGAGGAGGGCGUUACUAUUGGGGUUGUCAGGGAUGGCAGGAUCAGGGGAUUCAAAGGCUCCGGGUUAUAA